UCUUCAUUUGUUUGAUUCACGUGGGUGAUAGAUGUUGUAGAGCACAAUGGAAAAGAAUGUUUUCACUAAAAACAUGAACAGCUGCCAGGAAAAUGAAGAAACAAAAGAUAUCAUUGGACAUUCUGCAAGAGUUCUGACUGCAGAUGAGAAACAAAAACUUGAGAAAGAUGAUAAGCUCGUCUCUGAAUUUAAAAGGAAUAAGUAUGAAAUAGAUGCUAAGAAAAACUGGGAUUUGUUUUACAAAAGAAACACUACAAAGUUCUUCAAAGACAGGCACUGGACGACCCGUGAAUUCAAUGAGCUCUGUUCUGAUGUAGGAGAGCCUGGUAACACAAAGACAAUAUUGGAAGUAGGAUGUGGUGUUGGUAACUUCAUUUUUCCACUCCUCGAACAAGACUCAUCUUUAUACUUUCAUGCAUGUGACUUCUCACCUAGAGCUGUACAAUUUGUCAAGGAGAACCCACUUUAUGACCCAGAACGGUGUAAUGCUUUCCAAUGCGACAUCACAUCAGACCCACUGACCAAUCACAUGCCUGAAAACUCAGUUGACUUGGUAUCUAUGAUAUUUGUCUUGUCCGCCAUUCAUCCAGACAAAAUGGCCGCUGCAUUAUCAAACAUUGUCCAGGUGUUGCGACCUGGUGGUCUACUGCUGUUUCGGGAUUAUGGACUGUACGACUAUGCCAUGCUGAGGUUUCAGUCUGGACACAAGUUAUCAGAGAAUUUUUAUGUCAGACAAGAUGGUACUAGGGCAUUCUAUUUCUCCACUGAACUGCUGGAGAAGUUGGUGACAGAAGUGGGAUUAACAGUUUGUGAAUGUGACUAUAUACGCAGGGAAACUGUCAAUAAAAAGGAAGGACUCAGUGUGCCUCGGAUAUUUGUACAAGGCAAAUUUAUCAAACCAAAUUUAGGGAAGAACUCGUCAGUACAGGACAGUGACCAGUCUAGUGCUUGUCAGACUGAAUGUUGUACAGUACAGGACAGUGACCAGUCUAGUGCUUGUCAGACUGAACAUAUAACAGUGCCCCAAAAUACAGAAGAAGAUAUAAAAAGUGACAGUAACACUGAACAACAUCUUACAGAAUCACAAAACACGGAAGUAAAUGUGUCUCAGUUACAGAUACAUACAAACACUACAAACGCUGUGUCUGAAGGACAAUUAUGACGUCCCCCCACCUCUGUGUGUGGGACUUACAAAAAUGAUUGAUAUGAAUUGAUAACUUAUUUCAUAAUUGUUUUAAAACAGAUAAAACUUUAUAUAUUUGGAGUGGAUCAAGUUUUACAAUGUAAUUACUCUUAAACAGUUGAUAUUGAAUUUCAGAAAUUCACUGACAAAUUUUUAAUUCUUGACUGCAUCUAAUAAGGGAAAAUGAUUCACUUAUAUCGCAGGAUGUACAUUUUAAGGAAAAGUGAACUAUAUUGACCAGUACCUUUUGUUAUGUU